ACAGGUAUUUAAUCACGGGACUAGACGGAAGGUCGAAAGAACAGGGAGGCCAUGCUGGAUUUUCAGUAAACUGCUUGUGUGAUCCCGGCGUCAGAAAUGCAUCCGCGGCACAGUGCUCAGAAAGUCUUACUGUGUGACCUCUGUGAAACUGUCCCCCUACAGAGUCGUUGUGAAGUUUGUAAUAUAAAUCUAUGCAAAGCCUGUGUUGGGGAGCACCUAUCGGAUUCCUCUAAAAGACAUCAUGUCAUGCCCUAUUUGCAAAGAAAGACUACUCCUAACUACCCGAGAUGUCCAAAACACACAAGUGAACACUGUAAACAUCACUGUAAGAAAUGUGAUAUUCCUGUCUGUAUUACCUGCGUCUCCUCCGGUAAACACAAAGGUCACAAGUUAUCAGAAUUUCGGGAUAAACUCAACGCUAAAACACAACGUUUACAAAAAGAUUUAGAGGAACUCGAAACCAGAAUUUACCCGCGAUAUGAAGAAAUGGCGUCCGAUGUUCAAACUGAAAAAGCCGAGUUAGAAACGAAUUACGGGGAAUUGACUACAGCUGCCGAACAAGAAGGUGAAAUCUUACACCGGGAGAUCAACGCCAUUGUCAACCAGCGGAAAUCUGUCAUUCAGGAGAUGAAAAACACACACCUAUCUACCCUGAAUAAAAAUACAGAUGAAAUCAAACAGAAAAUUACUGAACUCAAACAGAUCAUUUUGGACUUGAAAUCAAUUCUGAAAUCAAAUGACGUCUCCUUAACUUCUACUUACAAAUCUAGGAAUUCCGAAUUUAUAAUGUUACCGAUUAAAUUCCGAGUUACAUUACCGAGUUUCUCUGCUCAAAAAAUAAACACUGACCAGCUCCAGGAAAUGUUUGGUUCUCUGUCGCCAUUAUACAUUAACGCACAACAUGGCGACACAAUGAAAUCACCAGAAGCUGUAUCGCCUCCUCCAGUCAAACCACUGCUUGCUGUACCGCGCCUCACCGCCACCAUAGACACUGGGCAUACCUUGCUAUUCAGUGUUACCUGUCUGAGUGAAGAUCAAGUCUGGACCUGCGGGAAUAACCAAACCAUGAAGCUCCUCAACCUCCAGAGUAAACUACUGACAUCAAUACAAACCAAAUCAGUGAACGCACCACAGGACAUAACCGUGACACGGAGCGGAGAUCUUGUUUAUACUGACUAUAACAAUAACACUAUAAACCUAGUAAAGAAUAGGAAGAUACGGGCCGUGAUCACACUACAGGGAUGGGUACCUCUAUAUGUCUGCACUACCGCCUCUGAUGAUCUCCUGGUUACCAUGAACAGUGAUGAUUACAAACAAUCCAAAGUCGUGCGUUACUCUGGCUCCACAGCGAUGCAAACCAUUCAGUUUGAUGAUAAGGGUUGUCCUCUCUAUUCACCUGCUCGUUAUCUAUCUAAAUACAUCAGUGAGAAUAGGAACCUGGAUAUUUGUGUAGCUGACAAUGAAACUAGUGCAGUAGUGGUGGUCAAUCAGUCAGGAAAACUCCGAUUUAGAUACACUGGUCAUCCCUCUAAUACCAAGCAAUCAUUUUAUCCACGCGGCAUCACUACAGACAGCCAGAGUCACAUCCUGACAGCAGACUUUGACAAUCACCGUAUCCACAUUCUAGAUCGUGACGGACAGUUCCUCCGUUACAUUCUCUGUAAUUUAGAACGUCCAUGGGGUUUAUGUGUGGACAUCAUAGACAACCUCUUUGUGGCUGAGUGGGACAAUACUAAAGUGAAGAAAAUCCAAUAUCUAUCAACAUAGUCUUAAUUAAACAGCUCAGCACAGUGUUAAUUGCAUUUAUCAAAACGGUGUUAAUUACACAUCUCUGCAGUGUUAUUUACAUCAGUGUGUUAAUUACAACUGCUUGUCAAUUACAGUUCCUUGUCAAUUACACAUCCUUGUUAAUUACAGCCCUGUGUACAAUACAGUCAUGUGUAGAUUACA